AUGACCACACGAUCGAAGCCGACAGCGGCGGCUUAUGCGGCCUCGCACAUGUCUGUCGCCAUCCUAGCCCUCUUGUCGUCAGCUGGAUUCUCACGAUCCUCAUCGAGCGCAGCAGCACUUCUAUCGGAAAUCACACAAAGGUAUAUACAGCUUAUCGGAUCCGCCUGCGUUCAACAUGCAAACCACGCCGGUCGCAACGUCAUCUCACCGCACGAUCUUCGUGCAUCCCUCGAGCACAUUUUAGGCGGUGACCCCUUGGAAGAGCUUCUAGACUGGGCCGAGCAAGAAGGCAAGUUGCACGAUUCCGAGCAGAGUGCUGCACUUCAGACGAAUGGUAUCAACGGACUACAUGCGGAAGAGACGACUAGUACAUUACCGCAAGCUUUGCAGGACCCCAUGCGCGGAAAGGAUCUCAUCCGCGUCCUGAAUGCCGGCCGCAUUCUCCCGUCGCUGUCCGACAUGGAAGAGAUCCACUUCCAAGCCAUAUCAUCAGAGGACUUUGAACAAGCAGCAGCAGAGAGCAUUAUCCGCGAACAUAUGGUCAAGCGGCUCGUUUGGCCUGGACCCGAGCAGCAGGAUGCCGACACUCCUUCGCUAAUGGCUAACGGCGAGGCAUCCACACAGGGAUCCAGUUCAUCAGGAGAUCGCGAAUCAGCCUUGUUCUCCGACAUUGAAGAUGGCGAUGAGAGCGAUGUGUCAGAGAUAUAUCAUAGCAGCAACACUCCAUCGUCGCCUCAUCUCUCAAUUUACCCACAGAAGCGGAGAAAGGUCGAGACAGACAACUAUAUAUCGAGGAGGCGCUUCGGUCAAGCCGUCAUCGACUACGUGCCCGCAUACCUUCCGAUGUUUCCAGGAGCUCCAUUGAGCUUAGGCGCAACAGAAGCAACGACAACAAUGGUAUUACCGGAUAGCGAGCAGUUUGAUCUAAUCGGAUCCGACAUGCAGGAGGAUGUUGUUGUCAAGGCGCAACCUGUGGAGGUCGAUCCCGAGUACGUGUUGGAAGAGAAAAAGCGCAAAGAGCUUGCCCAGAAGAAAGCCGACGAAGCAGCGGCGGCAGCGGCAGCUGCUGCCGCCGAGGCAGCCAAAAGCGAAGAGGCCAACGGCGAUGAGAGCCAAGCAGCGCCGGUUUUACAAAAGACAGCGGAAGAGAGAGCUGCAGAAGCAGAAAAGGCGUUUGAGGCUCUUCAGGCGCGGAGGGUGCUGCGCGAUAGCUGGAGAGAAAGCGUCACGUACGAUGCAUCUACAUUGGCGGCAACUUAUACGAAGGACGAGUUGCAGAAUUUGGAGCAAAAUGCGACAUUCAUUCACAAUGACGUAUCGAUUGCAUCUAUUGCACCUGCAACGUCGUCCCUGCGUGCGUUCGCUGCAGAGUAUCAAGUAUUGGUGGAAGACCCUACGUCGAGCAGUGCAGCCGGCAUCUACUUGACACCAUCUGGGCCAGCACACCAGGAUGCAGCUACGAAACGGAGGAGGCUGGCGCAUGCUCUGGCCGAUGCUUCGCGGUAUACACCAAACGACAGCUUGUAUGCAGCCGUUGCAGCUCGACCGUCGGUGAUCCCUUUUAAUCCCGGACCGAGCUGGCUCGUUUCCACGUUGCCACCGCCGACGCUGUACGAGGACAAUGUUGAGGUGGCCAAUGCACUCUCUGCGCCCGUUCUCACACCGGUACGGCCACAGGGAAGGCCGGCGGCUCUCAUUCCUCCUUCCGGCUCGUUAGUACCAACGUUAGGUCAUCGCCAUCCAUCUCACCUCACCAUCGGCGCUCGUGUUGUUGCAAGCGCCGACCUCCUUCAACGCGUAUCACGCUUCGACGAUCCCAUUCCGAUCUUGGACGACAAGCAUGCUGAGCGUUUCUUCCACGGUCUUCCCGCAUCACGCGAUCUUCUGGGCGGAUCGGGAUCCAGCAGCGAUCUAUCGUCCAACAUCUCUUCGACUCGCAGCAGUGGGGGUGGAGGCUCGGGCAGUGGUAAUUCCACAUUACGACCAGCGCUUGAAAAGUUGGUAUUGCAGAUGCGUGAAAAGGAAGCCGAGAUUUUACCGGAAGAAGACAAGGAAGAGUUGCAGAGACGACAGCAAGAAUUGCAGCUGCAAUUGCAAGCUGCGCUGGCGUCGGAGAACAGCGGAGGUGGGAAAGAUUCGGCUGUGCUGUCUUCGGGGUUGAUCGCGGACAGCUAUGCCAGUCGUAUUCGGAACGGAAACAUUACCAUGGUGCACACGUGGGAUUGGACGCCAAGGGAUCCGUACGAUGCCAUGCUGCCGGGAAAGAAGGUGAAAACACCUGGAAGCAGAGGUGUCGGGCCGGUAGCGCUGGAGAAGCGGAUGAGAAGCGAGAGUACCAAUUCCGAUCUGGCCGAUGCUGGAACGAAUGGCACCAGCGUCUGA